AGAGAGAGAGAGAGAGAGAGAGAUGGGAUGUACGGUGUCGAAGCUGGACAACGACGACACGGUGCAGCGGUGCAGGGAGCGGCGCCACCUCAUGAAGGAGGCUGUUUACGCUCGCCACCACCUCGCCGCCGCCCACUUCGACUACUGCACCUCCCUCCGCCUCACCGGCUCCGCCCUAGUCGCAUUCGCCUCCGGCGAACCCCUCCCCGUCUCCGAUCACACCCCCGCCGUCCUCCUCCGCACCCCCACCCCCGCCACCAAACCCCCGCCCUCCCAUCACCACAGCCCUAAUUUCCACCACUCUCCUUCCCCCUCCGUCCGCCCACCUCCCCCGCCGCCGCCCAUGUCCACCACCUCCUCCUACCACAAACCCCCGCCGCCGCCGCGUCGGAGAAAACCAAUUAAAUUACCCCACAUACUCUCCGACUCCAGCUUCUCUUCUUCCCCUCCGCCAAACCAUAAUUUCACAUACAACGCAAGAGCGAAUUCAACAUACUCAAGCACACCUUCUCAAACUUCUUCUUCAGUGUGGAAUUGGGAUAAUUUCUACCCUCCCCCUUCACCCCCAGACUCCGAAUUCUUCCACAAAUCCGAAACCCGGCCCGAAAAUCCCAAUUCCGAUGACGACGAUGAUAAGCAAUUCGAUGACGUGGCGUCCAAUUACUCGUCAAACUCACAUUAUUCAGGCAACAAUCACACGAAAAAUCAAACCCCCAAACCAGCAGCACUCAUGAGAAAAGCAGAAAAUUCGAAGAAAUGGGGAAGUUCAGAAGAAGAAGAAGAAGCUGAGAGAGAGGAAGUAGAGUGCAGUGAAUGGGGAGACCAUGAUAACUACACGAGCACAAGCAGCUCGAGUGACGAAGAAGGUGAUUUGAGGUCGAGAUCUGAUUUCACGACAAGGUCCGAUGUUUUCGGAUCGGUAAAAAAUGAUGGGAAUGCGAAGACGAACGUGAAUUCGAACGCCAAGUUCUCGAGUAUAUCGGAGAAGCUUUCGUCUGAGGAGGAUGAAGAUGAGAAAUCUUCUGUUAAUUGGGGGAACGGGAAUAGCGAAGGGGUGAAUUCGGAAAGUAGAAUUGUUGUUAGGCAUCGAGAUUUUUCGGAAAUUGUUGGGGCGCUGAGUGAGUAUUUUGAUAAGGCUGCUUCGGCCGGAGAUCAGGUUUCCGAGAUUCUCGAGGCGGGCCCCGCUCAGCUGGAUCGGAGCUUCAAGCAAUUGAGAAAGACGAUAUAUCAUUCAAGUGGAAUGUUGAGUAACUUGAGUUCAAGCUGGACUUCAAAGCCUCCGUUGGCGGUUAAAUACCGGCUCGAACAAUCCGGUGAUACGAAGGGUACUUUGUGCUCAACUUUGGAACGAAUCUUGGCUUGGGAAAAUAAAUUAUAUCAAGAAGUGAAGGCUAGAGAAGGAGUUAAACUCGAGAACGAGAAAAAAUUGUCGGCACUUCAAAGUCAAGAGUAUAGAGGGGACGACGAAGCCAAGGUGGACAAGACAAAGGCAUCGAUAAAGAGGCUACAAUCUUUACAGUUAGUGACAUCACAAGCUGUUUCAACUACCUCGUUUGCUAUUAUCGGUUUACGAGACUCCGAUCUUGUGCCUCAACUUGUCGAACUUUGUCACGGUUUCAUGUACAUGUGGAGAUCGAUGAACCGUUUCCACCAUCUCCAAAACGACGUAGUUCAGCAAGUCCGCGGUCUCGUGGUCCCUACCACAAAAUCAUCAUCCACGUCAGAUUUCCACCGGCAGGCAACCCGCGACCUCGAAUCAGCCGUCUCCACCUGGCACUCCAGCUUCUGCCGGACGAUCAAGUUCCACCGCGACUUCAUCCGCUCCCUCCACGGAUGGCUCAAACUGACCGUCGUCCCGGUCAACUCGACCGAGUCAACCCGGACCGAAAGGAGUCAAGUAGCCGAGUCGGUCUUCGCCUUCCUCGACGAGUGGAAGCUCGUUCUCGACCGAGUCCCGGACACGGUCGCCUCCGAGGCGAUCAAGAGCUUCGAGAACGUGGUCCGUUCGAUCUCCUCGAAACAGACGGAGGAGAUCAAAAUUAAAAAAAGGGCUGAAUCAGCGGCGAGGGAUUUGGAGAAGAGGGCUUCCUCACUGAGGAAUAUCGAGAGGAAGUACUACCAAUCUUACUCGAUGGUCGGCGUGGGACCGCCUCCCGACGUGGGGCCCGCUGUUCUGGACGGGCGGGACCCGCUGGCGGAGAAGAAGGCGGAGAUGGUGACGUGGCGGAGGAGGGUCGAGGAGGAGAUGGUGAAGCACACGAAGGCGGUGGAGGUGACUCGGGCGAUGACGCUGAAUAAUAUACAGACGGGCUUGCCAGGUGUUUUUCAAGCUGUCACCGGCUUCUCUGCUUUGAUUACUGAAGCUCUUGAUUCAGUUUGCACCACCUCUUAUGCCAUUUAACUGAUUUGUAAUAUAAAUAUUUGAUAUUUAAUUUGAACUUAUAUUAUUUCUUGAUU